CAUCAUCUCCCAAUUUAAUUUUCCCUCGAUAUUUAUCCAAAUUCAGAAACAUAAUCUUGACAAUUUUAUGCUCCAUUCUUCCAAUCUCAGCCGUACGUUUCAUUCAAACUCCAAUUCUCCCCCACUGCGCCUUCCACUACCUUUUUCCUUUCUAUUAAAGUGUCCUCACAAACUCACCUCCUCUCUCUGUUUCUGUCUGCGGUAGGAUCGCCGACUCCGGAUUUACAUUUCAGGGGUCGAAGAUUUGUUCUGGGGUUUCUUUAAUUUCUUUAUAUAUAUACACACACAAUCAUGUCCGGGGGUAUUGCACGCGGUCGUCUUGCGGAGGAGCGGAAGUCAUGGCGAAAGAAUCAUCCCCAUGGUUUUGUUGCGAAACCGGAGACGAUGCCUGAUGGGACUGUGAAUUUGAUGAUUUGGCAUUGCAUUAUUCCUGGGAAAGUUGGGACAGACUGGGAGGGUGGUUUCUUCCCCCUUACACUCAAUUUCAGUGAGGACUACCCAAGUAAGCCACCAAAGUGUAGAUUUCCUCAGGGCUUCUUCCAUCCUAACGUGUACCCAUCAGGAACAGUCUGUCUAUCGAUUCUCAAUGAAGAUAGUGGGUGGAGACCAGCCAUAACAGUUAAACAAAUUCUUGUUGGAAUCCAGGAUUUGCUGGAUCAACCAAACCCGGCUGAUCCUGCUCAGACAGAGGGGUAUCAUCUCUUCAUCCAGGUAUGUCAUAUUUUGUUUUUAGACAGGGCAGUGAAAAGCUCAAUCCUUGGUCAUGAGGGUAGGCUAAGUGUAUUCUGUAGUGAUAUAUCUGUGCUUGCAGAUGUAAAACUAGUGAUCUCAAAGAUUUUGGGAGUGGUAAUGGCGACAUUUGGUUCUCAAUUUUGUGUGAAGGCAUGAGAAUCAGAAAUCCUUGCAUAUAGCAUGUUCAACUGUAGGCAUCUGACCUGCGUACUAAUGUGUGGGGUUUUAAGAGGCAUAUUUGUUGGUCAAGGGUGGGUGCAGUAAAUCGAGAAGGGCUAGAAGAAAUCAAUUAAUUAUAUAAUUAACUGUUGUGUCUUUACCCUGAUUGUUUUAGGGCUUGUUUGGUAACCCAUUAGUUUUCUAUUUUUUGUUUUUGAAAAUUAAUUUUUAAAAAACAGGUGUGUUUUUAAGUAAUUCACUUUUAUUUUCUUUAACAAGAAACUUGUUCUUAAAAUUAUGAAUGAAGGAAAAUUGAAAAAGAAAAAAAGAAACUUUCAAAAAAAUACAUUUUGUUUUCAAAAACAGAAAACAAAAUCAGAUAUCGAACAUAUAUGUUUUCUUUAGUAAACAAAAAUUUUAAAACAGAAUUUAGAAAACAAAAACAAAAAAUUGAAAUGGUUACCAAAUAGGCCUUAGUUGUCAUUCUUAUUUCUAUUCCACUAUAAUUGAUGAUUCUCCUUGAGUAUUACAACCAUUGCACAUUAAUUUUUUUUUUUUGUUUAUUUCUAAAAAUUAAUUUUUCAUAUGCCUACAUGGUCCUUUGAUUUUGAACUUUGUGCAAAUUCUUUUCAAGGGGGAAUAUUUUAUGUAUUCUUUGUAUUAAUUGUUUCUAGAUUAGAUACAACAAAAGAGGCAUACAAUAUGCAUUUCUAGACUGCAUGUGAUUCUUGAAAGAGAAAUUUUGGGAAUUGUUGCUUUCAAAAUGGGAAAACCGAAGGAACCUGGAUGGAUGGCUUUCCCGUUUCCAACUUUCAUAUGUCCUCAUGAGUCAUGUGAGUUUCAGUGUCAUGUCCCUGGGAAAAGUUGUAUAAUACUGGUUCUUACCUACAAACCACUUGAUUUGGAGGGAUUAGUUGAACCAUACUCUGUUUGAAGAGAUUUCUGACUGCUAGACUGCGUGGUUGGUAGCCGUUAAUUUUGUUGAGACACAGAGGUGUAUACUUGAACAAGAUGUGUUCUAUAGGUUGUAUGACCAUGCCUUUGAGCUGUAAGGCACUGACCGAAGAGUGUAAUAACACAGAAGUUUUGUGAAUGUGAUGGAAUUGGAUAACUACCUGACUUCUCUGAUUUUCUAUUGUUAAAUGGAAGAAUUUAUCCUUGUGCAGGAUGCCGUUGAGUACAAGAAGAGGGUUCGCCAACAAGCCAAGCAGUAUCCACCUUUGGUGUAAGCUGAUUGGGUCCCAUUAUACUUCUUGAUACUAUGAUGAUAUUAGCAGCCAGUUGCCACUGAUUGAAUCAACAUUUAAAACUGACUCGUUUUAUAGAUCGUUGGUAUGUGGUGCACAUUUCAAUUGUCAUGAUAAUCUCUGAAACUUUAGUGUUUCCCAGAUAUGGACCAACUUAUGUCGACAUUUAUAUCGGUAGACAUGUCAAGCCUGGUGCUGCAUUGUGUUCAUAUUGUGAACUUGUGGUUUCUUGCUCUAAAAAGUGUAUGAAAGAAAAGGUUUUUUCUUAACGUAUGGAUCAACUGCUACUUGCUUUUAUAAAGAAUGCCAUUUUUAUGUA